CUUUUCCCUCCUCCGUCCUCAUCCUCUCGGCCUGCCCUUCCAGUCUUUUUCUUUUACUUUUGGUUGCGGCCGAUUCCCAUUCCUCUUUCCCCCCCAAAGGAAAAGAAAAGAAAAGAAAAGAUGGCCAUGAACCUCCUUUCCUGGUCGCCCCUACGCACCUCGGGUUCAAUCCUGGGCCCUUUGUCCGCUUGUCGGUGGAAUUCUACCGCAACGCCCACCCAUCCAUCAUCCCGAGGGAUCCCCCGCCGUCGCAUGCCCAGCCGCCAAAAAUUCAUCGAGGACCAGAGGAUUCAAGCCGAAAGCCGCAUGCUGGAAAAGUUCCAAACGCGCGAAUGGAAGGCCGGCGACGUCUAUGCGCCUCAUGAUCUGAGCUCAACCGAGAUGACCAAGUGGAGGAGGCGAUCCAGUCCGUCGACGGAUGCUUUUGAUGCCUUGAACUUGAACCCGACCGACCUAUACAAGAACUUCUCGGUCAUGUCGGAAUUCAUCACGCCAAUGGGGCGGAUUAAGCACCGAAAUGUCACCGGGCUGCGACCUGUGAACCAACGCAAGAUUGCCAAAGCGAUCCGACGAGCAGUAGGACUUGGCCUGAUGCCUAGUGUCCAUCGACACCCCGAGAUCCUGGCGGCAGAACUCCGAUCGAAGAUGGGUUGAUUCGGUGUUGUUUUGCCAUUUGUAUAUUUAUCUAUAUUUUCAUUUCAUUUUAUUUUUUUCGAGCUCAUUUAUCACUUGUGGAUUACUCUCCCCAGGACGAUGUUCGACGGGGGGGGGGAAAGUCAUGUACGAUUAUCGCCCUUGCAAGCAUGAGAGAGAUUAUUAGGGGAAUGCAAAAGGCAUCAAGAGAAACAG